AUGGAUAGGAGUUGGAUGCAACUUCAUAAUAGAAGGUUACAUCAAUACAUUGAUGGGGUAAAAGAAUUUAUCAUGUUUGCUCGUGAUCAUAUGAAAUUAGGGACGAGUAAGAUUUGGUGUCCGUGUAAUAGAUGCAACAACCGUAUCCAAAAAACCAUAGAUGAAGUUGAAAUUCAUUUGUUUGCAUAUAGGGUUGUCACAACUUACACUAGGUGGGUGUAUCAUGGGGAAGACUUUGAGUUAAAUGACAGUAAUCCCUCGGAAAAUGAAAAUGACGAAUAUUUCAAUGAUGUGACAGAGAAAUCAAAUUCUCCUAAUACUGAGGUGCGAGAAAUUAUCCAUGACAUACAUAGUGGACCAUCCACAUUUGCUUAUACUGGGGAAGCGUCUAGUAGUCGUAAUCCUGACUUGUUUGGUGCUCAUAGUAGUGAAGGAAAUACAUUUGCAAGAUUAAUGAGGGAUGCAGAACAAGAAUUGUAUCCGAAUUGCCAGCGAUAUUCCAAAUUAUCAUUCAUUGUUAAGCUGCUACAUAUAAAGGUGCUCAAUAAAUGGAGCAACAAAUCACUCGCGAUGAUACUAGAACUGUUGAAGGAUGCACUUCCCAUCGGUGAAACACUCCCAUGCUCAUACAAUGAAGUUAAACAAAUACUUCGAGAUUUGGGCCUUGAUUAUCAAAAAAUACAUGCAUGCAAGAACGAUUGUGUACUUUUUUGGAAGGAGUAUGAAAAUGAAGAUAAAUGCCCUACUUGCAAGGAGCCUAGAUACAAAUUUCAUAAAGGUGAAGGUAAAGGUAAAAAGAUCCCUCACAAGGUUUUGCGGUACUUUCCUUUAAAACCAAGGCUACAAAGGUUAUUUAUAUCAAGGAAGACCGCUACUGAUAUGAGGUGGCACAAACAUAAACGUGUAGAGGAGAAAAAUGUAAUGCGCCAUCUGGCGGACUCUGAAGCAUGGAAAGACUUUGACAAAAAGCAUGAGUCAUUCGCCAAAGAUCCUCGAAAUGUUAGGCUCGGAUUAGCAAGUGACGGCUUCAAUCCAUUUGGGAAUAUGAGUAUCUCAUAUAGCAUAUGGCCAGUUUUUAUUGUCCCGUACAAUUUGCCACCCUGGAAAUGCAUGAAAGAUCCAUUUUUUAUGAUGCCUUUGCUUAUUCCUGGGCGUAGAGCUCUUGGAUUUGACAUUGAUGUGUUUUUACGACUGCUAAUAGAUGAGCUAAAUGAGUUAUGGGAGGUAGGGGUAGAGACCUACGAUGCAUCAAGUGGCUCUAAUUUUCAAUUGCGUGCGGCAUUAUUAUGGACUAUCAAUGACUUUCCUGCGUAUGGUAAUUUAUCCGGUUGGAGCACCAAAGGCAAAUUGGAUUGUCCGUCAUGCAAUGAGAAUGCAUCUCACCAAUACUUGCAUCAUUGUAGAAAAACUUGUUACAUGGGACAUCGUCGUUUUUUGCCUCAUGAUCAUUUUUUGCGAACAAGCAAGUCAUUCAAUGGUGAGCCAGAGCUUAGGUUAGAACCUAAGUUGUUGUCAGGAGAGGAGGUCUUGGGUCAAUUGGGGCAUAUAGACCCAUCAUUAUUUGGGAAAAUAGAUCACCGUGGGAAGAAGCGAAAACGUUCUCCUCAAUAUUUAAAUUGGACAAGGAGGAGCAUUUUCUUUGAUUUACCUUAUUGGAAAACCCUCAAAGUUCGUCACAACCUUGAUGUUAUGCACAUUGAAAAAAAUGUAUGUGAUAGUGUUCUAGGAACAUUGAUGAACAUUGAUGGAAAAACCAAGGACACAUACAAGGCUCGUCUUGAUCUAAUGGAUAUGGGUAUAAGGCCUGAAUUACAUCCAAGGGAAGUACAUGGCCAAACAUUCCUACCUCCUGCUUGCUUCAUGUUGUCUCCAACUGAAAAGAGGAACUUUUGUGAAUUCUUGAGUUCAAUUAAAUUGCCAGAUGGCUAUGCAUCAAACAUAUCACAUUGUGUGAACACUAGUGACUGUCGAAUUACGGGGUUGAAAAGCCAUGAUUGCCAUGUUAUCUUGCAAAGAUUGCUUCCUAUUGCUCUACGUGGAUGUUUGAAAAAGGAUGUGAGCAAGGCAUUAAUUGAGUUUAGCUUGUUCUUUAAGGAGUUAUCGUCAAAGACAUUGAGAGUUGAUGUCUUAGAACAACUUGAGAAAGAUAUUGUUUUAAUUUUGUGCAAGCUCGAGAAGAUAUUUCCACCAUCUUUUUUUGAUAUUAUGAUUCAUUUAUCCAUUCACUUAUCGCGUGAAGCAAUCCUUGCAGGACCGGUGCAAUACCGGUGGAUGUAUGGAUUUGAAAGGUACAUGCAUAUUCUUAAGGGUUAUGUGCGCAACAAAGCUCAUCCAGAAGGAUCUAUUGCUGAAGGUUACAUUGACAAUGAGGCUCUCACUUUUUGCUCUAUGUACUUCCAUGAUGGUGAGACAAGAUUUAAUAGACCUGAACGAAACUAUGAUGGGCCUAUUGAGGCAGCACAAGAUGGGAACUUGUUUGUAUUUAGGAAAAAAGUUCGUGGAUUAGGAGCUGUAAUUAAUGAUGUGUUGAAUUUAGCGGAUUUGAAAAAAGUUCGAUGGUACGUGUUGCCACAAAGCCUCGCAUUACUCAAGAUAAAAAGUCAAGGGAAGCGAUUGGAUGUUGAAAUUUGUAGGAUUACUGGGAAUCCAUUGGGAUCGUGGUCUGAUAAAUUCACCACCGAGUUGGGGAUCGUCACUAGGCAAUUUGCCCCACAAAAUGUGCCUAAGUGGAGUUUUAUUAGCCCUGAGGAUAAAGAAACGCUAAUUGCAUACCUUCGAGUAAGAUAG